UAGGAAUAUGAUUCACUGUUUCCCACGAUAUCGGGAAUGAAACAAUACCUUCCGUUCCAUCCUAAUGAAUCGUCGCGUUGCAAAUCGCUCCACGAUGAUGUUAUUCACAGGGGUUAAUGAAGAUUUCUCACUUUUACGGUUGAUUUGAGGGGAAAACGUGCGGAACGAAGGCUGACGUUGCGUUCAAGUGCUUUGGAAAAUAGAUUUAAAGGCCUUUGGGCGUUAGGUGAAAGUAGGCAAGAGACAAUUAUUAAUGGAGAGGAAGGAAUAUAGAGGUGUAGAAUUUAUAUACAAUAAAUUAUAUAGCUAGAAUAAUUAUUCAUAAUUUGCCAAAUCUCGUCCAAAACAAUUUUCAUACAAGCUAGCAAUGGAUAAAAGGACGUGACUCAUUUCCGGUGUCUGGCCUUCUCUUAAUCAUCCAGAAUCUACAGUUCAUAUUUUUUCCUAACGAUAACAAGAUGAUAAGCCGCAAAAUUUUCCGAAUAAUCCAGGAAGUUUCGACUCUCACUGCCCAUCGCGCCCACGUAUCGCCGGAAAGUCUAUACCAAGUCAAGAUCGAUAGAUACUGAAAGCAAGCGGAGGCUCAUAUGCUACGAUAAUACCGGUUAUGCUCUUUGAAGGUUUCACAGAGGGGGAUUAUAAAGGCGCGUCAAGGUCUCACAUCAGCAGCACCAACGGUAUCAAAAUCCCAGGUACGUGAAGCCGAACGAGGUUGUGGACCCCUGUUUACAAUGUCACAAAUAUUGCUAGACCUAUUUGAGUCCUUUUUUUUCUCUAAAAUUCCCUGAACGAGUGACAGACAGAUAAAUUAAGGGAAAACAGAAAUAUAUUCUCAAAUAUUUAAUUAAAAAGAUAUUUCUUCUGCGCUGAGCUAUUUCCUCGUUUCACUGAUCUUCUUGCUAGGUCAUACGACACGGUCAUUUGUAAGGCUCAUGAAUAAAUUAAAGGGUUUUCGUCACUUCCUCCCCGAGAAGCCACUCACAUCAUAUAAUUUAUUUACAUUUUGUUUACUCGGGUUCAUGAGAAGCACGGGGGGUCCCCAAUAUUCGACUCGGCGAAAGGUACCGUUGGGUCAACUGCAUCGAUCCGCAAACUUUUUUUUAUGAAUAUUAACUAAAGAAAUAAAUUGGCCGCAACGGGGAUAACUCUCUCCCUGAAACUGUUAAAUAUAUAAAAGUUUUCGGUCAAUCCUGGAGCUAGUAGUUAAUAGAAUUUAAAGCCCGAGUUUAUCGGUUCCUCUUCCUGUAUGGCCAAUUGAACGGGGAAUCCAGUCGAAUGGAAAUUUGCGGCCUGCGGCUUCCACGAAAGCGAAUCCCGUGGACGUCUAUCACUGCCCGGAGUGCCUAGAAAACGGUGAAAUUUCAUUCUGUCAACCAAUGUUUAUUGUUUUAUCUUUUUCUGUCACUCUCUUCCCGUAUGGACUAUUACAGGUUCGUCGAGUGGAAUAGUGAAGACCAGUGAGGAAACAUCGUGUGAAAGUGCAGCAAACAAUUUACGAAUGGUCUCAAGGUGAGUUGCAGAGGGACGAGACUGAAAUUUAAAAUAAAGACGUGGGUAAUUGGCCUCGUAAAAACAGGCCAGGCCCUUUCCCAAUUUCCCUUCCUCAUGCAUUGAUUAAUAGCUUUAGAUGCUGCACAAUUUUUAAAUAAGGGAAAUAAAUCGUAGUGCAAUGGAAAAUUGGAGAAAUCCGAAAAUUAAUUUGUAAUUUCAAAAUUUUAAAUAUUCACACACUUCUACUAAUGAGAAAGAAUCUUCAUUUUUUCCGGUAGGAAAUUUCAUUGUCGCUAACUGAAAUGCGGGCACACUCAACGCUCCGAUGACCUACUCCUACACGAAAACGAGCACGCCAUUUGUCGCUCCUUUCCCAAAUGAAAAGAACUGGAGAGAACAACUAUUGGAGUUGUCUGGAGUUCAGUCGACGUCGACCGGUCACCCCGGCCGAGUCUCGCAAGCCUAGCUGUCCAUAUUGUUUCGAAAAGGUGUUUGCAAGAAUCAGUAAAUCGAUAGAUCGAUUAUUUCCUCCAAUCGAACUGCAAAGGGUUAGUUAUGAAGGGCUUAUUUAGUCUCUGGCUACUGAGCUGUUUAGCGGUCACUCAGGUUUCUUCCCAUGGACGGCUCAUCGAACCACCCUCGCGUGCCUCCAUGUGGCGGUACGGCUUCGAUACUCCACACGAUUACAAUGACCAUGAGGCCUACUGUGGGGGAUUUACUCGGCAGUGGCAAAGGAACAAGGGAAAGUGUGGAAUUUGCGGAGAUGCUUGGGAUUCGGCGAAGCCAAGAGCCCACGAAAUAGGAGGAAUAUACGGUAAAAAUGUGAUAUCAAGAAAAUACAAGACUGGUGAUGUGAUUCCAGUGCAUAUAGAAUUGACUGCCAAUCAUCACGGUUAUUUUGAAUUUAGAAUUUGCCAAUUAACAGUUAGAAAUGAAGACGCGACUCAAGAGUGUCUCGACAAAAAUUUACUCAAACAGGAAAACGGAACCGUUCGAUAUUAUCCAGGACCUGGUAACAGAGUUUUCGAGAGCUACUAUAAAUUACCCAAGCAUGUAACAUGCGCCCAGUGUGUAUUUCAGUGGAGGUACAUCGCUGGGAAUAAUUGGGGUGACUGUGGAAAUGGAACAGGCGCAGUUGGCUGUGGCCCCCAGGAGGAAUUUCGUGGUUGUGCAGACAUAACAAUCGGCGAUAAUAUUGCCCCCCUUCCAACCCGUGCCCCGAGUCCCACAAGACAACCAACAACAGCAAGACCAACAGACGUUUCAUUCUCAGACUAUACCCCAGAGGAAACAAACUAUUGGUUUCUCGGCUUUGUCAUUUCUGGAACAUGUCUUCUGGUCGUUCUGGCGAUAUUUUCUUUACUUUAUGCCUACUACUAUCAUGCUGGAAGGGCCAAGCAGUGGCUGAUGGCACGAAAACACGCUUUGAACAGCGGAAAUUCCACUCCAGUGACUCAACCACCGGUGGCACCGCCCAGACACAAGAGACAGUCCUCGAUGAAUAAUCUGCAUCUCCAGUUAUGAGAAAUAAUAUUUCGUAGAUUCAUUUUUUCUGUACAUAAAUCUCUCUUCUAUUUAUUAUUAUUCCUAUGGUAAUUGUACUUCUUUUACUCUUGCAAACCUAACUUUAAGUCGCAACACGAAGUAUAAAUUGACAUUUUUCAUAGAUCAUUUUCACGUUCAUCACAUCUCGAUUUUUAUGACGUUAUAUUGUAAGGAUAAUAAAUAGCAUUGUAUUACGAUUUUUUAUUCAAAAGCA